AUGAAGUUCUCUACCAUUCUCUGUUCCACCCUCCUCGCCGGCACCGCCGUGGCCGCCCCUCUGACCGAGAAGCGUCGCGCUCGCAAUGAGGCCCGCAUCCAGGCACGCAACGCCAACCGAAAGAGCAACCCUCCUCUGGUGCCUGACACCCAAGAGAUCCUGCAGCUCAACAAGACCACCCAGGAGCAAUACAGCUCCAACUGGGCCGGUGCCGUGCUCAUCGGAUCCGGCUACACCUCCGUGACGGGUGAAUUCACCGUCCCCAGCCCGUCCGUGCCGUCUGGCAGCUCCUCCAGGGGCGAAUACUGCGCCUCCGCCUGGGUUGGUAUCGACGGAGAUACCUGUACCAGCGCCAUUCUGCAGACCGGUAUAGACUUCUGUGCGCAGGGAGACUCCGUGUCGUUCGAUGCGUGGUAUGAAUGGUACCCCGACUACGCGUAUAACUUUGACAACUUCGAUAUCUCGGUCGGGGAUAAGAUCAAGGUCACCGUGGAUGCAAGCAGCAAGACGACUGGCACCGCGACAGUCGAGAAUGUGACCACUGGUAAGAAGGUCACUCAUACGUUCAGUGGCGGCGUGGAUGGCGACCUGUGUGAGACCAAUGCCGAGUGGAUUGUCGAGGACUUCGAGUCGAGUGGCUCCCUGGUCAACUUUGCUGACUUUGGCACGGUCACUUUCACCGGUGCUGAGGCGUCGACUGGCAAGUCGACUGUUGGACCCUCCGGUGCUACUCUGAUCGAUAUCAGACAGAACAGCGAGGUGUUGACUUCUUCUUCUGUUUCCGGUAGUUCGGUCACCGUCAAGUACCUUUAA